CCCAAAUUCCUUAGCCAACAAUCACCAAUCUUCCAUGUUUUUAAAUCCCCAUCCCUUCUGACGAUCUCUCUCAUGGUCUCUCGCUCUCUGCAUCAGCUCCAAACGUAGUGAUUGCUCACUCUCCCUAGCAGCAGCUAGCAAGAGUACGGCCAUCUCUCUCUCUCUCUCUCUCUCUCUCUCUCUCUCUCCACCCCCCCCCCCCCCCCCCAAAAAAAUGGCACCAAAAAAUGAUGGAUCAGCAAAGAAAGUAGUGAUGAACAAAGGAGCAUGGACAGCAGAGGAAGAUCAAAAACUGUCACAGUACAUUGAAAUCCAUGGUGCAAAGAGGUGGAAAACAGUUGCAUUCAAAGCAGGUUUGAAUCGAUGCGGAAAGAGUUGCAGACUGAGAUGGCUGAAUUAUCUGAGACCCAACAUCAAAAGAGGCAACAUCUCAGAUGCAGAAGAGGACUUGAUACUUAGGCUGCAUAAGCUACUGGGAAACAGGUGGUCUCUCAUUGCUGGUAGACUUCCGGGACGAACAGACAACGAAAUAAAGAAUUAUUGGAAUUCUCAUUUGAGCAAGAAAAUCAGUAAGGAAAAUAAGUUGGAGACUUCAACAAAACAAAAGAUUGUGCCUAAGGAACCAUGUGUCAUCCCUCGUGUAGACGUGGAGGGUGUUAAAGGAAGUAUUGAAAAUUCUGAAGUCAAUUUUGAUGUCAACGGAUUAUUUGACUUUACCACUGAUCUAGGAUCCUAUGGAUUGGAGUGGAUGAACAAAUUCCUUGAACUCGAUGAGGAUUCAUGGCUCACUGAGAAAAGGUAAGCAUAUUAUGUAAUAAAUUAAUGUUUUUCUCCUCGAAAAGAAACUCUAUUAUUGAAAUAAAAUGUGCGUGGUUUCUGCUGUAAAAAUAAAUUAUGAUUUUAAACUUUUCUCCUCA